GUCACAUCAGCAAGACAACGUAUAUAAACACAUUCAGUUGCUAGGCCCCCAUUUUGUUUUCUACCACACAAAUCUUCGCAACAUGCAGAUCUUCGUGAAAACAUUGACUGGCAAAACUAUAACUUUGGAGGUUGAGCCGAGUGAUACGAUUGAGAAUGUGAAAGCCAAGAUCCAAGAUAAAGAAGGUAUCCCACCUGACCAGCAACGUCUGAUCUUCGCCGGGAAGCAACUGGAAGAUGGUCGAACAUUGUCUGACUAUAAUAUUCAGAAGGAGUCGACUCUUCACUUGGUUCUCCGUCUUCGUGGUGGUAUGCAGAUAUUCGUGAAAACCCUGACUGGUAAGACCAUAACUUUGGAGGUUGAGCCGAGUGAUACGAUUGAGAAUGUGAAAGCCAAGAUCCAAGAUAAAGAAGGUAUCCCACCUGACCAGCAACGUCUGAUCUUCGCCGGGAAGCAACUGGAAGAUGGUCGAACAUUGUCUGACUAUAAUAUUCAGAAGGAGUCGACUCUUCACUUGGUUCUCCGUCUUCGUGGUGGUAUGCAGAUAUUCGUGAAAACCCUGACUGGUAAGACCAUAACUUUGGAGGUUGAGCCGAGUGAUACGAUUGAGAAUGUGAAAGCCAAGAUCCAAGAUAAAGAAGGUAUCCCACCUGACCAGCAACGUCUGAUCUUCGCCGGGAAGCAACUGGAAGAUGGUCGAACAUUGUCUGACUAUAAUAUUCAGAAGGAGUCGACUCUUCACUUGGUUCUCCGUCUUCGUGGUGGUAUGCAGAUAUUCGUGAAAACCCUGACUGGUAAGACCAUAACUUUGGAGGUUGAGCCGAGUGAUACGAUUGAGAAUGUGAAAGCCAAGAUCCAAGAUAAAGAAGGUAUCCCACCUGACCAGCAACGUCUGAUCUUCGCCGGGAAGCAACUGGAAGAUGGUCGAACAUUGUCUGACUAUAAUAUUCAGAAGGAGUCGACUCUUCACUUGGUUCUCCGUCUUCGUGGUGGUAUGCAGAUAUUCGUGAAAACCCUGACUGGUAAGACCAUAACUUUGGAGGUUGAGCCGAGUGAUACGAUUGAGAAUGUGAAAGCCAAGAUCCAAGAUAAAGAAGGUAUCCCACCUGACCAGCAACGUCUGAUCUUCGCCGGGAAGCAACUGGAAGAUGGUCGAACAUUGUCUGACUAUAAUAUUCAGAAGGAGUCGACUCUUCACUUGGUUCUCCGUCUUCGUGGUGGUAUGCAGAUAUUCGUGAAAACCCUGACUGGUAAGACCAUAACUUUGGAGGUUGAGCCGAGUGAUACGAUUGAGAAUGUGAAAGCCAAGAUCCAAGAUAAAGAAGGUAUCCCACCUGACCAGCAACGUCUGAUCUUCGCCGGGAAGCAACUGGAAGAUGGUCGAACAUUGUCUGACUAUAAUAUUCAGAAGGAGUCGACUCUUCACUUGGUUCUCCGUCUUCGUGGUGGUAUGCAGAUAUUCGUGAAAACCCUGACUGGUAAGACCAUAACUUUGGAGGUUGAGCCGAGUGAUACGAUUGAGAAUGUGAAAGCCAAGAUCCAAGAUAAAGAAGGUAUCCCACCUGACCAGCAACGUCUGAUCUUCGCCGGGAAGCAACUGGAAGAUGGUCGAACAUUGUCUGACUAUAAUAUUCAGAAGGAGUCGACUCUUCACUUGGUUCUCCGUCUUCGUGGUGGUAUGCAGAUAUUCGUGAAAACCCUGACUGGUAAGACCAUAACUUUGGAGGUUGAGCCGAGUGAUACGAUUGAGAAUGUGAAAGCCAAGAUCCAAGAUAAAGAAGGUAUCCCACCUGACCAGCAACGUCUGAUCUUCGCCGGGAAGCAACUGGAAGAUGGUCGAACAUUGUCUGACUAUAAUAUUCAGAAGGAGUCGACUCUUCACUUGGUUCUCCGUCUUCGUGGUGGUAUGCAGAUAUUCGUGAAAACCCUGACUGGUAAGACCAUAACUUUGGAGGUUGAGCCGAGUGAUACGAUUGAGAAUGUGAAAGCCAAGAUCCAAGAUAAAGAAGGUAUCCCACCUGACCAGCAACGUCUGAUCUUCGCCGGGAAGCAACUGGAAGAUGGUCGAACAUUGUCUGACUAUAAUAUUCAGAAGGAGUCGACUCUUCACUUGGUUCUCCGUCUUCGUGGUGGUAUGCAGAUAUUCGUGAAAACCCUGACUGGUAAGACCAUAACUUUGGAGGUUGAGCCGAGUGAUACGAUUGAGAAUGUGAAAGCCAAGAUCCAAGAUAAAGAAGGUAUCCCACCUGACCAGCAACGUCUGAUCUUCGCCGGGAAGCAACUGGAAGAUGGUCGAACAUUGUCUGACUAUAAUAUUCAGAAGGAGUCGACUCUUCACUUGGUUCUCCGUCUUCGUGGUGGUAUGCAGAUAUUCGUGAAAACCCUGACUGGUAAGACCAUAACUUUGGAGGUUGAGCCGAGUGAUACGAUUGAGAAUGUGAAAGCCAAGAUCCAAGAUAAAGAAGGUAUCCCACCUGACCAGCAACGUCUGAUCUUCGCCGGGAAGCAACUGGAAGAUGGUCGAACAUUGUCUGACUAUAAUAUUCAGAAGGAGUCGACUCUUCACUUGGUUCUCCGUCUUCGUGGUGGUAUGCAGAUAUUCGUGAAAACCCUGACUGGUAAGACCAUAACUUUGGAGGUUGAGCCGAGUGAUACGAUUGAGAAUGUGAAAGCCAAGAUCCAAGAUAAAGAAGGUAUCCCACCUGACCAGCAACGUCUGAUCUUCGCCGGGAAGCAACUGGAAGAUGGUCGAACAUUGUCUGACUAUAAUAUUCAGAAGGAGUCGACUCUUCACUUGGUUCUCCGUCUUCGUGGUGGUAUGCAGAUAUUCGUGAAAACCCUGACUGGUAAGACCAUAACUUUGGAGGUUGAGCCGAGUGAUACGAUUGAGAAUGUGAAAGCCAAGAUCCAAGAUAAAGAAGGUAUCCCACCUGACCAGCAACGUCUGAUCUUCGCCGGGAAGCAACUGGAAGAUGGUCGAACAUUGUCUGACUAUAAUAUUCAGAAGGAGUCGACUCUUCACUUGGUUCUCCGUCUUCGUGGUGGUAUGCAGAUAUUCGUGAAAACCCUGACUGGUAAGACCAUAACUUUGGAGGUUGAGCCGAGUGAUACGAUUGAGAAUGUGAAAGCCAAGAUCCAAGAUAAAGAAGGUAUCCCACCUGACCAGCAACGUCUGAUCUUCGCCGGGAAGCAACUGGAAGAUGGUCGAACAUUGUCUGACUAUAAUAUUCAGAAGGAGUCGACUCUUCACUUGGUUCUCCGUCUACGUGGUGGUUAAUUUAUUUCAUGUGUAAUAGAGACAGUUUAAUUUUGCUUUUAUUUUUCUUCUGAAAUCUCUAAUUAAAUAUAAGUUUCAUUAUUCUAUUUUUAUUUUUGGUUCUUUUUUCCGUCCUUAAUUGUCCCCGUCAUAUGAGUACUAGAAUAUCGUGCAGUGAUUUCCGCGUGUGUUUGGUGUACCUGUAUCUUGUUUGUGGUUUCAGUUGAUGUCUUGACUUUCAUUGCGGAGCGCUUACUAAACCAUCGCCACUAUUUGGGAGAUUUUGACAAGCUGAUAAAGUUAACUGACGUUUCGACAUGUUAGCUAAACCUUCCUAAAUAAACGUAUUAUGUAAAUGAUUAUAAGAUAUUGUGUAUUUCCCAAUGAAUGAAAAGUAAAACGAUAUUGUUUUUACUGUCGUUUCGCUAUUUAAUGCUAAAAGCUUUAUCAAAG